UAUAAUUGUACGGAAUGGUGAGCCUACUAAUUCGUGAGUGCAAAAAGUAGCCUACUAUGAAGAGCCAUGCAAUUUUGCAGGCUUUUUUUCUAAAAACAUGUUCUGACCACCCGUUUGUCCUUCACCUUGAAACGCCAAUAUUGUACAGUGUUCACAGGCUUUAUGUAAUGGCGAGGCAACAACCUUUCUGAAAUUUGUUCUUUUUAUGCUUUCCGCCAUGGCUGCGAUUCUCCAUAUAAUCCCUUCUUUCACUGGAGUUUGUAACUCUUUGAAGCCAGACAAUGGCCGAAUCUACCAUUUUAGGGUUUCUACCGGUUCUAAGAGGAUAAGUGCGAGAAGUUGGGCAGGUGCAGAGCCAGCUGUUGGAGCUCCUGCCUUUCAAAUGAGGGAAAUGGAGAGACUCGCUGCUAAAGAAGCGUUGAUACUUGCGUUUCAGAAUUCUGGAGGCUAUAAAGCAUUAGUUGCUGGAAAAAUAACCAAUGAGCAAAAAAUCGAUGUGACUGAAAGAAUCUCAAGUCUCGAGAGGCUUAACCCCACACCUCGUCCUACUUCGUCACCCUAUUUGGAUGGUCAAUGGAACUUUCUGUGGUGGGGAAGUGGCACCCCGCUCUUAUUUGCUACGAGAUAUUUGUUCGAGAUAAUUCCUUCUGAUCUAGCAUCUUUGUCAGAAUUGGAUGCUCUCAUCAAGGAUGGCUUUGGAUAUGCAACAGCAUAUCUGAAAUUUCUAAACUCGAUAGAGAGCAAGGUCACUGUGAAAACAAAGUUUACUGUUGAGGGACCAAUUCGGUUGAGAGAAGAAUAUGUUGAAGGUUUGUUAGAACCACCAUCUGUUGGUGAACAGGCAAUUCCAGAACAACUUAAGGGGGCAUAUGGACAAGCAUCUGGGACUCUCCAGCGAUUACCUGAUUCUAUAAAGGAUGCUGUUUCCAAUGGACUGAAAAUCCCAUUAAGUGGGACAUUCCAAAGAAUGAUCAUGGUAUCUUAUCUGGAUGAAGAAAUCUUGAUAUUAAGAAAUGUUAAUGGUGAACCGGAGGUUCUAUCAAGACAGGAUGCACCCCUAUCUCCUAUCUCUCCUGAUCGAAUUGAAGAAGAUGAAAGCUAGUACUUUGUAGUUGGAUUCCUAAAUGUAUUAGGAGGGACAUAUACCUCUUGGGAUGUGUAUUUAUUUGUGCAGCACCAGAAUAAGCCAAUCUCAUUCUUAAACGGAUGGUAGUGGAACUGUGUUUCCUUGUAUUUUAUUGAAUCCACUCCUCUUGAAUGAAAACUCACUAAAUUUGGGGUGAUUAAGUUUUUGGAUCAA